UGUUGAUAAUUUCUUUCGUUGUCGAAAGUGCGUCGUUGUACGCGUCACGGUGAGGAUGGGCAAGUAAUUUUGGCUUCAAUGAGUGGAAACAGAUGUCGGGUCUCAUAGAAAUCACCUCGUCCCCAGAAUUCGGGAGCUUACCCGGACCCGUUUCUCGAUGGCCUCCUCGGUCGCCGCCGCGGUGGCGCUUGCGCUGGCGCUGGUUGGUCUUGCCGCUGCCGCCGGAGACUCCGACGACGGGCCGGCGGUAAUCCGUCGGAUCUGCGGCCAGACCAAGAGCCCUGACGCGGCCACCUACGAUGCGAACUUUGUCGCGGCCAUGGAGAACGUGUCGCGGUCCAUCGCGCGCGCGGGCUUCGGCUUCGCGGCCGCCGGCGAGGCGCCGUACAAGGUGUACGCCUUCGGGCAGUGCUUCGGCGAGGUGAACUCCGUCGACUGCCAGCUCUGCUAUUCGCAGGCGCGCGUCAAGCUGCCCAGCUGCCUGCCCGCGGCUGCUGGUCGGGUUUUCCUAGAGGGCUGCUUCUUACGGUAUGACAGCCGUAACUUCUCGGGCGAGGCCACCGACGCCUUCGACGCGAUCGCUUGCGGAGGGUCCAACGCCACCAAUGGAGAGAGGCUCGGGAGGGUCGCCGGGAAGGUCGUCGGCGAGCUCCGGAUCGACGAGGGCAAGUACUGGGCGAGGGCGGAGGAAGAGGCGAAAGGGAUGAGGGUUUAUGGGGCGGCGGAGUGCUGGAGGGGGAUAGAAGGAAAGGGCUGCGAGGAGUGCCUGGACAACGCGAGGAAGGGAGUGUUGGGGUGUGUCCCCGCGACGGACGGGAGGGCGAUGAACGCCGGCUGCUACCUCAGGUACUCCACCACCAAGUUCUACGGGUCCGGGUCGGAUGGUGGUUCUCAUGUAAUUCGGCAGCGGUUGGCGAUAGCACUGGGUUCCAUCUUUGGUUCCGCGCUGGUCAUUGUCGUGGCUGUUCUCAUCAGGGAAAGAAGGAAAAUUCGCAGGAGCGGAGUUUCUUCUUCUCGUAGUUUUCCUGAUGAUGAUGCAUCUACAGCAAUUAUUAAAGCUAUUACUGAAUCACAUCUCAGUUUCAAGUAUGAAGAUCUACAGACUGCAACCGGAGAUUUUCAUCCGUCAAAUAAGCUAGGCCAAGGUGGCUUUGGCUCUGUCUAUAAGGGAAUUCUACGAGAUGGCAGAGAGGUGGCAGUAAAAAGGCUCUUCUUCAACACCAGGCAAUGGGUCGAUCACUUCUUCAAUGAGGUCAACCUUAUAAGCAGUGUUCAGCACAAAAACCUUGCCAAGCUUUUGGGCUGCAGUGUCGAGGGCCCGGAAAGUCUACUAGUCUAUGAGUUCCUCAGAAACAUGAGCCUCGAUCACUUCUUGUUUGAUCCCUUAAAGAAGAAAGCAUUAGAUUGGGGAAAGAGGUUUGAUAUCAUAAUGGGGACAGCUGAAGGACUUGCUUACCUUCAUGAUGCAUCUGAAGUAAGGAUCAUUCACAGGGAUAUAAAGGCCAGCAAUAUAUUGCUUGAUGAGAAAUUUAGGCCUAAGAUAGCAGAUUUUGGGCUCGCAAGGCAUUUUGCAGAAGGUCAGAGCCAUAUAAGCACUGGCGUAGCCGGGACUCUAGGCUACAUGGCCCCUGAAUAUGUGAUAAAUGGGCAGUUAACGGAGAAGGCAGACGUCUACAGCUACGGUGUACUUGUUCUUGAAAUUGUCACUGGGCGCAAAAACAGCAAUCCCCUCUCGGCAGAAGACCACUCUCUUACUGCCUUGAUCUGGAGGCAUUAUAAUUCAGAAACGUUACUAGAAAUUACAGAUCCUGAUGUUAAAGCACAGUGCUCAACAGAAGAAGCUCUGAGGGUAAUUCAUGUGGGUCUCCUUUGCACUCAGGCAACACCAAGUCUUCGUCCGCCAAUGUGGAGGGUGGUUGAGAUGCUGACUGGUUUAGGGAGGGACUUGCCAGUGCCUACCCAGCCUCCCUUCCUCAAUGUAAAGGGUGCAGAAGGUGGAUAUGCCUCUGGACUAUCCAACCCCUCCAGCAUACCUGUAUCGGUAAAUGGGAUGUCCAUAAGUGUCCUACAAGGAAGAUAACACCGAGGAUAUUGGUCUCCUUAUGUUGUUUAACCAUUUCCAGUCCAAUCACUGCAGCAUAACGAGAAUCGUGCUGCUGAGUUUUUGUAAAGCAGCACAAAUGAUUACUGGAACUUGGAGAUUUUUGCAUGUUCACGGUCAAAGACAAAUUCUGUCCUUUGCACCAUGUGCAAACUGCAAUUCAGGUUCUGGCUAUAUGCAUUUAGGAAACAAUCUAUAGUUUAAUAGGCUAUUGGAAGUUUAUCCAUGACCACAGAGACUUGAGAGAUUGCUCAUAGUGACAGAAUCUGUAAGUUGUGCAACUCAUUUGGGUUCAACUGCUAUUGUUUAAUAAAUAAUGUAAUGGCUUCUACCUA